AUGGCCCAGCCAAAUGGGCCACGUAAAAGCGGCGCAACGAUGAGUUCGUACUCUCCGGGUUUUCCUCAACCAGGCUCUCCACCUCCAUUUUCCGGGGGCUACGCACCGUCCACUAUUUACUCAGUUAUGGUCACAGAAAAAGAAAAAAAAAUCAGAAAAUGCAUGAAUCACGCACUUUUCCACUAUUCCACGAAAAUUGUCAUGUGGCUCUUUUUCGGGGCCACAAAUUUAGCGCCUGUAAAUCCUCCUCUAGGAAUGAAUCCACAUGCGACUUAUGGAGCGCCUUUUUACACGACGAAUCCUAGUGGGAUGAUGCACACUGGAAUGACACCAAAAUCGGGAAAUACAAGACGAGGCAACACAAGUCGGCCAAGCGAUGUCGUUUGCUGCGAUCAGACAUAUGCAAAAUCAAAGCAAGGGAUUUUCAAGCUGGUGAUGUUGAUCGGUAGCUUCAUCGCUUGGGUUUGCUGCGCUACUACUCCUUAUGUCAAGAGAAUCUACCCAAUUGGCGGUGUAACAUGGCCCUUCCACAUGGUCAUGUUCUUCACCGUCACGGCGAAUCUCGCCUUGAUCGUCGUCUACGCCAUAUUUACCUCUGGAUACCACAGACGUCGCAAGCGCAAACCAUGGCCAACUUACGAGUUGUAUUUCAACAUUUGGCUCAUUUGUUGGUUCUUCAGCGCGGCGAUGAUUGAAUCGUUUCAUGCUUGGCGAUGGCAUUAUGGGCCCUACACGGCGGCGAGUUAUCCAGGAAUGGACACAAACAAGUACUCCCACACAUCAUACAGUCAGCCUCAAUCGAAUGUUCCAACAUCGUACUACUCCGGCUGGGACAUGAAAGUUUGGUGCCAGCGAUAUCCGGCCGAUUGUCAGCGAAGAAUGAACGCAGCUCUGUACUACAAUCCCUGGUGGCCGACUCACAUUUGGAUUUGCAUCAAUCUUUGGAUUCUAGUGAUCGUUUCUAUCGUCGCGACAGUGUAUGCAUGGAAAGUAAACAAGAUGUACAAAGAUUUCAUCGACGGAGUGAACGAGAAAGUGAAAGAUAUGUCGACCAAGAAAGACAUCAACACAAACUACAUGGAUCAAAUGCUUUCCAAGCUCUCAAAACCAAAGAAAAACGCAAGCGCGUCCUCUCAGAAAUCGCUUCUUUCGAAAAAAUCGACAACAAAACCGCGAACAUCCUCUUCCAACGAAUCCAAAGAAAAGCUUCCGCGAACUUCAUCGGCUUCCAAAGAACGCAUCAAUUCUACUUCGACGAAAAAGCCAAGAAUGAGCAGCUCCCAUUCCAGACGCCCUUCUGUAAAUGACACUAUUGAAAUAUAA